CUAUCUGCGCAGGACGCGACAAUACAACGCUAUAAAUAUUGCCAUGGAGCGGCUUCACUUUCCAGAUUGCAGGUGAUACGCGCCGCGCACGUUGUGUGAACGCGAAAACAAGUUCGUCAAUCGAGUGACAGACCCACUGAUUUAAUUGGAUGCGCAUUUCAAGCUAACUCACAUCAUGGGUCGACACAUAUAUAUUAUAUUCCUGGCGUGCUUAACGUUAGCACACGCAGCAGCGCCUACCGAAGAGGAGCUCUCGAAAUUUAUCGAGGGCGAUUAUGAAAAGAAAGCAUCGGCGGCAUGUACCAAGUCAUCAGUGGCAGCAUGGAAUUAUGCGACAGAUAUAAAUGAUGAGAAUGCUAAAACAAUCACUGAAGUUGCGUUGGAAACUGCGCAAUUCGAAAAAAGUGUCUAUGACAAAUGGUUCAAAGACGUGAGUUUACCUGAUGUUAAAGAUGCGAGUGUAAGGCGCAUGCUCAAAGACCUGAAACAGCAAGGAUCGGCGGCUCUCGAGGAAGCUGAUCUGAAAACACUCACCGAAACAAUUAGUAAAAUGGAAAAGAUUUACAGCACUGCUAAGAUCUGUCCAUAUGGGACGUCAGGAACUUGUGAUGAAGCCGAUAAGAUUCCUUUGACACCAGAUAUUGAAGAUAUCCUUGCUAAAAUGGAGGAUUACGAUGAGUUGCAAUACGUUUGGGAUGAAUGGCACAAAGCUAGUGGUAAGAAGAUGCGUGGUGAUUACUCCACUUAUGUGGAACUGAGCAACAAAGUAGCCAAGCUGAAUGAAUUUGACGAUGCGGGGGAAUACUGGCGUGACAGUUUUGAAACGGACAAGUUUCAAGAGAAGCUUGAUACAAUCUGGGAACAAGUUACACCACUUUACAAAGCCCUGCACAAUCACACCAGCAUCAAACUGAAGGAACGCUUUGAAGAUAAGUUAGCGGUUGGUGAGGAUGGUUUACUUCCAGCGCACGUUUUCGGCAACAUGUGGGCUCAAACGUGGAUCAACCUGGACUCACUUUUGAAACCGUACCCGGAAGCAAGUAAUGUUGAUAUAACAGUAGAGUUGAAAAAGCAAGGAUACACGGUGGUGAAAAUGUUUGAAACCGCGAAUGAGUUUUAUACGUCUUUGGGCCUGUCCAGCAAUGAAGUAUCCUACAAGCCACCUAGUAUGAUCGAAAAACCAGAUAACAAAGAAGUCACGUGCCACGCAUCCGCCUGGGACUUUUGUGACAAGAAGACCUUCCUCAUUAAGAUGUGUACCGUUGUAAAUCAGGAAGACUUUGUUACUGUUCACCACGAAAUGGGCCAUAUUCAGUAUUACAUUUUGUAUAAGGAUCAACCGAUUGCUUUCCGCGAUGGUGCGAAUCCAGGCUUCCAUGAGGCUGUCGGUGAUACCAUUGCGUUAUCAGUACAGAGCAUUGCUCACUUAAAAGAAAUCAAACUAUUGCCCGCUGAUUACAAAGAUUCUGAAGAAGCAAGUAUUAAUACUUUGAUGAGCAUGGCUCUGGAGAAAAUUGCAUUCCUUCCAUUCGGUUUGCUGAUUGAUAAAUGGCGUUGGGAUGUCUUCGCUGGAACAACUAAAGAAGAGGAUUGGAACAAACAUUGGUGGGAGCUUCGGGAGAAGUACCAGCUCAUCAAGUCACCUGUAGAGCAUAAAGACCCUGACUUCUUUGACCCAGGUGCAAAAUACCACGUUGCCGCUGAUAGUCAGUACAUUAGUUACUUUGUCAGCCAUAUCUUGCAGUUCCAAUUCUAUCGUAGUCUUUGCAUUGCUGCCAAACAGUACGACCCUGUCACGAAGAGCCCACCACUGCACAAGUGUGACUUCUACAAAAGUGAAGAAGCUGGUAAAUUGCUAACAGAGGCAUUGUCGUUGGGUAAGAGCAAACCAUGGCCAGAAGUACUAAAGAAGUUUACAGGUACGGAUGAGUUGGAUGCCUGUGCGCUUUUGGAAUAUUUCAAUCCAUUGGCUAAGUACUUUGGUAUGCCCGGCGACGCAGAAUGCAAGUACACUAAUCCGGGUGAUACAGAUGACGGUGCAAAUGUGGCAGUGCCCUCUCUUUUGUUCCUAACCAUUGGUGUGAUCCUACACUAUAUGUAUUAAUGAUUUUAUAGAUUUUAUGUUGAAAUUUUACGUUACAUUUUUAUCUUCUUACAAAUAACAAUCUAAAUUGCCAAUUAUUCCAAAUAAGAUUUACGGAUACACUGUUGGCCAUUGAAAAACAAAUAAAAAUACCUUUGCAGCAA